AUGACCUUAGAAGGGUUCUUCUAAGAGAUUUUCUCAAAUAUGUCAGCAGAAAAGUACAAGAAGUUUUUAGAACCCAGCUUUUUGAUUAAAUAAGAAAACGUGUAAAACUAGCCUAAAAGUGGCACAGAAAUUUGGUGGGAUGUCCAUUCCAGUAAACCUUAAAUGACUAAGCAUUUGUUCGUGUAUCACCUGAAUUCAUCUGUGAGUGCAGGUGUGGCUCUAGAGAGGCUGGAGGGUGCUCAGUAACUCCUGGUGCAUUGUGCUCAGUUUGAAGAGUUCUCCCCUCUCGGAGACAUCAUGUUUACUCUGCUACUUCUUCGUCUUCUCUCUCCCGUCCUGUUGGCCUGGACUGGAGGAACCUCAGCAGCUGAUGAUGGCAUGCCUUUCAUGGAGUACCUGGACCCAAACCACUUGGUCUGCUUGAAGUGGGGGUUUGACAACGCACAAGGUGAGAUUACAUUUGAGCUGGCGGUCAACUCAACAGGCUGGAUCGGCUUUGGCUUAAGUCGAAGCGGAGAAAUGUAUGGAGCCGAUAUCGUCAUCGGAGGAGUUGGACCAAAUGGGAACUACUUUAAUGAUUAUCAUGCCAUCGGAGAAUUCAUGCCAUCGCUGGACAGAGAGCAGAGUUACACUCUCCUUUCUAUGGUGGAAAGUGACGGCCAAACCAUCAUGACCUUCCGGAGGGCCAUCCAAAGCUGUGAUGAGGAAGACUACCAUAUCACUGCCAAACCCAUUAAAUUAAUCUACGCCUAUGGAACAUCAGACGACAUCAAAUACCACGGGCCUCGCAGAGGCACCAAGGAGGUCAACCUGCUCAACUAUAUGCCAAGAACUUCAAACUCGAGUGCAAAAUAUCUGAGCGCCAAAGUGACCAAUGUCUCUGUCCCUUCCAACAAGACGUACUAUCACUGCAAAGUGAUGAAGAUUUCGGAUUUGAGUACAAAGCAUCACAUUUACCAGAUUGAGCCGGACAUCGAGAAUCCUGACGUUGUUCAUCACAUGCUGCUGUACCACUGCCCCCCUACUGUGACAGAACCAUAUGAAAAUCAGUGCUACAUGGGCGACAAGGGCGACAAGUGCUUCGGAGUGUUAGCUGCAUGGGGAACUGGAGGAGGGGUAUACGAGCUUCCUGAAAAUGCUGGUAUUCCUAUCGGAGGUCCAGACAAUGACAUUUUAUAUCGGCUUGAGAUCCAUUACAAUAACCCGCAACAGAAAGCAGGUAUCAUAGACAACUCAGGACUGAAACUGUACUACACAGACCAGCUGCGGAAGCACAAUGUGGGUAUUUUAAACACUGGGAUGCUCCCAAUCCUGCCAGUGGCGUACACCAUCCCUCCAAAUGCCGCUGAAUUCCACAGCUAUGGCCUUUGUAACACCUCCUAUUUUUCCCAGUUUGUUAGCCCCAUGCCCGACCUUCAAGUGUUUGCCGUGCUCUUGCACACCCACUUAGCUGGAAGAAAAAUCCGAGUUGGCCACUUCAGAAAUGGAAAGCAGAUAGACUUUUUGGGUUUGGAUGAAAACUACAACUUUGAGAUGCAACAGACUGUAACUUUGGGAAGCAUCAAGACGGUCAUGCAGGGAGAUGAAAUCAUUGUGGAGUGCACCUAUGACACCAAAGACCGUACUGGCCCUACAAAGAUUGGUUUAUCCACCUAUGAUGAGAUGUGUCUGGCUUUUCUGUACUACUACCCUGCCAUCAGCGUCACUUCCUGCCUGAGUCAGCCAAACACAACCCUUUUGUCCACCACGUAUAACCAAUCGCCUGACCCAGAAGAACACGCAGUGUAUGAGGAAAUGUUAAAGAACCUACCACAAGUUCAGUACAUCAGCGAUGCAAAAAGGACGCCUUCGGUUUACAUAAACGGCUUCAUCAGAGAAAUGAUGGCGUCUCCCACUGUUGAGUGUCAGCAUGAAAAUGCAGCGAAAAGCCUCUGCUCUUCCUGGAUCGCAAACAUAGGAGGAGUCAUACUUUCUCUACUCUGGAUGAUUGUCUGAAGUGAUCACCCAACCAACUGAUGCAACAACAACAGUACAUGAAAGUCUGGAAUUCACUGGAGUUACCAUGCUAGAGUAGGGCUUAGUAUUUUGUCUUUUCUAGCAAUAAUGAAAUUACAUUUUUGAGCAUGUUAGAGGUUUAACGCCUGGAUGUUAAGACAACACAUAAUAAUGUUGAGUUACAAACCUAAUUAUCCAAAAAUAAAUCUGCAUUAAUCAUAUAUACUCCUGCACAGUUGUUGAUUUACUGUUUUAGGGGUGGUUUUGUUUAGUUUAUUCCUUUUUAGCUGAUUUUUAGCGUUCUUAUUCUAAUGUAAAAAUGCUUUUUUUUUGUUUAAUGAGAUUAUUCAAACAUUUAACUUUUAUCCAACUGGCACAUUUCAACUUGAAAGAGGAAUUGCUAAGUUUUUUGUCCUAAAAUGUUUGCUUUAAGAAAGGUCAUAUUGUUGUACAUUUUCACAAUAAAAAUGCUCCAAAAGAAAAGAUAAGAAA